GUAGACUCACCACUCUUUCCGCACAUUGGGACACCUGUUGCUCCAGUUCACUGAUGGUGUCAGAGUGAUUGUUGGCCGCAACUUCCAAACUAGCGGUGCGCUGCUGCAGAGCGUUAGUCCUUGCGUUAGCGCGCUCAAUGGCCGUUUUCAUUUGGUCUUUAACGAUGCUUAUUUGUUUCCAUAUUUCGGCGUUCUGAGUCUCCGCUUUCUCGUCUGUUUUUGCCAGCAGUUCAGCCUUCAAAGACGUAAUAGCGUCGAGUAUAGCUGGUUGACCAGGGUCCGUGCUCUCAGUCUCUGCGUGCUCUGGGGCCUUAGUGCCGCUCCUCAGAUCCGGCAUCUUGUUUCGUCGAAAAGUUGUAACAAAAGUGAAUAAAAACUCUUCUUUUCACCGUCUCUCGAUCGACACUCUGCUUAUACGACUCUCAAUCUGUCAUAAACAUGUGUGGGUUUGGUUCCUUGACAUAAAUAAAGGUUAAUAUGGGGGAGCUCAGAGACGCGCGUCUACAUCUCUCCGAGGCCCAACCGGAGAAAAACUAAUAUUUGAUUAUUUAGUAUGAAAUAUUGGAUAAAUGUGCAGUUUGGGGUUUCAAACAAAUAAUUCAAUGAAAGAAUCAGGAGUUUAGAGCUUAGAGGAACUGAUGACAAGAGGCCAAUUUUCUUGAGGAGUCACAAGCCAAAAAGGUUGGAGUCACAAAUUUAAUCUUAACAAUACAUUGUAUUAUAGCCAAUGUUUAUAUAGAAAAUCAAAAAGUAAAUAACAUAGACAUAGAUAAACAUAGUUCAAAGUACAAAAAUACAAUAUAUCCCUUUGAAAUGUAUACAAGUAUAAACUAGCAUAAAAUGGAAAUAAUAAAGUAUCAGUACCUUAAAGUUGUAGGCCCUUAAGUACAGUACUUCAGUUAAUGUACUUAGUUUCCACCACCUCCAUUUCCAUAAAAAAAAAACACUGAUGAAGCACAUUUCCCUCAACACAAGUUGUUAUCGCAUCAGCAGAUAACAGAUGAGAGUGACAACGAGGAAGCAUGAUGACUUCUUUCAGUCACUUUCAUCAUCAGUUCUUAUCUUUAAAUGCUGCUGGCUGUCUUCAACACAUUAUACACAGAUAAGUGAAAGAGUAAUCUUUGUCCUCGGAGUCAGUUAAUCAUUCAGCUCUGACAACUUAAAAGUCAAGAAGUCAAAAGCCUGCAACAGUUAAAACUCAGAGAGGAUUCUUCAGUCACUGGUGUGACAACAUGGCUAUGAAACAGUCUGAGGAUGCAACCUCCAGAGACACGAGUUAUGAAAACCAAAGCAGUGGUGGAUUCAUGAUGAAGAUCAGGAAAUUCAACCCCAAGGAAGUUUUCACCUGGCAGUUGGCCAAGACAAUGGCCAUGGGUCAAGGCCUGGCUGGACUAAUCUGUGGGACGGCCAUCUCCUCCCAGUACUUGGCCACAACUUUCCAUGUGAACACACCAAUGCUGCAGAGCUUCUUUAACUACACUCUGCUGUGUGUCACCUACACCACCAUGCUGCUCUGCAAAACAGGGGCUGGCAAUAUUUUACAGAUUCUGAAGAAGCGAUGGUGGAAGUACCUUCUGCUGGGACUGGUGGACGUGGAAGCUAACUAUGCUGUGGUUAAAGCGUACCAAUACACCACCAUCACCAGUAUACAGCUGCUGGACUGUUUUGUGAUCCCGGUCCUGAUGAUACUGUCCUGGUGGGUUUUGAAGACACGCUACAGGCCUGUCCACUAUGUCGGCGUCUGCAUCUGUCUCGUUGGUGUGGGGUCCAUGGUUGGGGCUGACCUGCUGGCUGGACGAGACCAGGGCUCCACCUCAAACAUCCUGUUAGGAGACGGUUUGGUGCUGCUCAGCGCCGCGCUGUACGCAGUGUCUAAUGUGUGUCAGGAAUACACAGUAAAGAACCUGAGCAGGGUGGAGUUCCUGGGCAUGGUCGGCCUGUUCGGCACAAUCAUCAGCACCAUACAGAUGGUGGUCCUGGAGCGUAAUGAAGUUGCUGCCAUUAAGUGGAGCUGGCAAGUCGGGCUCCUGUUCUCUGCCUUCGCGUUGUGUUUGUAUGCUCUCUACAGCUGUAUGCCCAUAGUGAUGAAGCUGAGCAGCGCCACCUCCGUCAACCUCUCACUGCUCACUGCAGACCUCUUCAGCCUUUUCUGUGGGAUUUUCCUCUUCCAGUACAAUUUCUCUGGACUCUACCUGGUCUCCCUGGUGGUCAUCCUCAUCGGCUUCAUCGCCUUCAACGCUGUGCCAACACCCACUAACAGCACGGACCUCGCCACCUCCUCUUCCACUGGUGAGGAAGGAUGCUACGACAAUCCUGUGGCCACUCAGAAUGACAUCACCAAGCAGCAAGUGGUUGUGCGGAUCACCACUGAGGUGGGGGAGGAAGAGGAGGAGGAGGAGGAGAGGGAGGAAGAGGAGGAAGAGGAGGGCUUCCGGGCCAACACAGAGACUCGGACGAGGGAGUGAUGAUGAGGAUGUUGUUGUGGUUGGACGCAGCACUAAAAUGUGAACUACAGCACAGAAACCUGUCAAUAUGUCAAAUAUAUAUUUUAAACACAUUUAUUUAUUUAGGUUUACUUUUAUACAGCAGCAUACAGUACAUAUAGAAAUGCACAUCUCAUCCUUUAAUGUUUGAAGUUAUUGUGAUAGUUAAUAAUGUUAUCAAUAGUUCUGAAAAGUUGUGCUGAAGGACGUCCAUAAAUAAA